GGGAGAGGCUGCGGAGGGCCUCCGGCGGGUGGAAACCGACGAGGCGGAGGCGGCGGACCGAGAGUUGCCCGGUGGAUUGUUUGUGUUGCAUGGUAUGCUGUGGUCAUGUCCCAAAAGGAUAGUGAACCCUUGAAUGAAGAUGCACGUGAACUAGAGGAAAAUGUUCAGAAGACAGAGGAGGCAGAACCCACUGAGACUAAUGGAGAGGAAGCUGAGCUUGUGGCUGUGACGCGGAAAAGGCCUGAAGCAAAAAUCUCUGAGCCCAGUAUUGUACAACAGCCACUGGGUCAGAAUGUACAGAGUUCCAGUUCCAUGGAAGAGUCGCAGACAGGAUGGGGUUACUGGGGGAGCUGGGGAAAAUCAUUGCUCUCGACUGCUUCUGCUACAGUGGCUACCGUAGGUCACGGAAUCUCAAAUGUCAUUGAAAAAGCAGAGACAUCCCUUGGGAUCCCCAGCCCUACUGAAUUAUCUUCUGAGGCUAAAGAUGUUGGGGAAGAAAUCCAAAACUCAGAAGAAGGCAAUGAUGGCAAAGAAGAGACUGAAAAUCCCUCGCCCAUUAGUGGUGCAUUUGGAAUGUUUUCUACCAUCUCUGCUGCUGUUCAGAGCACAGGGAAGACAGUUAUUAGUGGAAGUUUGGAUGCAUUAGAAUUCAUUGGUAAGAAGACCAUGGAUGUGAUAGCGGAAGGGGACCCUGGUUUUAAGAAAACAAAAGGCCUGAUGAUCAGAAAUUCCACACUUUCUCAGAUCUUGCGAGAGGCAAAGGAGAGAGAAGAACAGCGGACAGCUACUGAGGUUUCCAUGGCUACAGAGAAGAAAGCCCAUUAUGGGCUACUCUUUGAUGAGUUUCAGGGUCUUUCUCAUUUGGAAGCUUUAGAGAUGCUUUCCAGAGAGAGUGAAUCAAAGGUGAAGUCGGUGAUAAGCGCCCUCUCCGGAGAUGAGUUAGAUACUUUGAAGGCCGAAUUGGAACAGCUCAAAGAGGCGUUUUCGUUAGCUGAAUUUUAUGAUGAUGAAGAGGAAGAAAAGAAGGAGGAGGAGGCCUUCACAAAGGAAGUAGCAGAUCUCUUUUCACAAUUACGAGUCUCUACAACGCCAGCCAAACUAACCCAAGCAAGGAACUCCGCUCAUGAAUUGACGAAAAGCCUCAGCACGCAAACUGCAAAACAAGAAACGCCGAAUGAAGGAGACCAGCAAGUGGGCUCCGGGGAUGCUGAGCAAGAGGGGGAAAAAUCAGUAGAGGAAGUUCACGCAUGUGCAAUCAGGAGCCUGGCUGAAUUGACAGCUUAUUCUAUCGAAGCGUUCCACAAAACUGCAGCUCUAGUUCUUCACGGGCAGGAGCAAGAGGCGUUAGCCCUAGAUCGGGCCAAAGCCCUUUCACAAAUGACCAUUGUGUUGUGCAAAGAACUAUCUGCUGUAUCUAAAGGCUUCGUGACGUGCUUAACAGCUGCUGGGGUGGAAGAGAAGGCAGAUGUCCUUAACCCUUUAAUCACUGGAGUGUUUUUGGAGGCUUCAAACAGUGCCUCUUACAUCCAAGAUGCCUUCCAGCUACUCCUGCCAGUUCUACAGAUUUCUCACAUCAAGGCUCGUACAGAGCUAACACAGCAAUAAAUCAAAUCUCUGCACCUAGAGCAGCGCCCCAGCCGGCAUAAACUGAACCCCACCCCCACCCCCAUUCAGCAAAAUAAUAGGAGCUUGUAACAAAAGACAAACGUUUUUGACUGUGUUUCACUGACCAGUAAUAACUUGCUGAAUGGCCAUCAUUUAUCUGCCUAGGCUAGCGAGGAGAAUAAAGUGCAGGUAACGUUUUAAGUUCAAAG